CCAGGGUGGGGGACAGGGGGCUUUAAGGAAGACUGUUGCAAAGACUCAGGCAAGGGUCAUUUCCCCACCCCACCAAAAUGAUGCUCAGCCCGGACCAAGCGGCGGAUUCCGAUCACCCCUCCUCGGCUCCCUCGGACCCGGAGUCCCUGGCGGGGCCCGACACCAAGGGGCUGCUGGGCUGCUGCGUCUCGGACCCGGAGCCGGUGGAGGAGGGCGGCGGGGAGGGCAAGGGGGGCGGCCGGGCGGCCCUGCACCCCCAGCAGCUGAGCCGCGAGGAGAAGCGGCGCCGGAGGAGGGCCACGGCCAAGUACCGCUCGGCCCACGCCACCCGCGAGCGGAUCCGGGUGGAAGCCUUCAACCUGGCCUUUGCCGAACUGCGCAAGCUGCUGCCCACCCUGCCCCCGGACAAAAAACUCUCCAAGAUCGAGAUCCUGCGCCUGGCCAUCUGCUACAUCUCCUAUCUCAACCACGUGCUGGACGUGUAGGGGCUGGGCCGCGCCAGAGCGGGACCGCGGAGGCACUGAUGGAGGGGAAGGAGGCGACGCGCACUGCCGGGAGGUGAUACUGACAAGGGGAGACACUUGCAACAUAUUCCACCUGGGGAAGGGAGGGGGCAUCCUGGGGGCCCUCUGGGCCCUUCCUGGCAGCCCCAGGGGUGUACUUGAAUCUUUGGGGUCAGCUUUGGGGGGUUCCCCAGAGUCUUUCGGCUCAGACAUUGCAGAUGCAUCUGCGUUUUCCAAGACAGCUGUAGGGCUGAUA